UUGCAUGAUACAUAUUAAAUAUUAAGGUUGUUUCUAACCACCAAUGCUACUAUUACUAAUACAUUGCCCCUAAUCUCACAUGGAAUGAAGCAUAUUCACAUUUCUUGUUCCACAAGUACCUUCUCAAUAACCCUCCUUGAUCUCUACUCAAGGAACUCCAAAAAAAAAAAAAGAACUUCCCCAAACAUCUUCUUAUAACAGUUCUUGAUUUAUCUUUAAGAACCAAACAAAAACCAAAACCUAGCUAGAAGUAAAAAUGGGAGAUCAAGGAGUACAACAAAUGCAACAGCCUAUUGUUGUGUAUCCGAACGCAUAUACUAAACAGUAUCCAGACCCAUCUUCUUCUUCUUCUUCAAAACCUUCUUCUUCCUCUGGCUCAAGCGGAAACUUUGGGACGGUCUUCAUAGUCCUAGCCGUGAUCUUUGUCUUAUCGGCUCUGGCUUGUGUCUUUGGGAGGCUAUGUAACCGUGAAAGCCGUGCGGCUAAGCAGCAACAUAGCAAGCAUCCAAAGCAAGAGAAACCUUCAUCCAAGAAGAGCCGUGAGAUUCGUCCCGUGGAGCGUGAACCAAGGGAGAGAGGUGAUAUGGAGUUUGGGUUUGAUGAUAUGAAACGGCCUGAGCCAGUUGAGAAACCCUCUGGAAGAGACGGAGGAGGAGAGGAUAUAGAAUUCGGAUUUGAUGACAAGAGAGGAGAAAGAGGCGGAAGCGGAGGAGGAGGAGGACCACCUGCACCGGGUAUCAAACAUGCAGUGAGGUUCAAGCUACCGGAAAAUGGAGACCAUCAUUCUAAAGGAGAGAUCAGACGUGGAGGUCCUGAGUUCGAGUUCCGACCAGGACACUAAUGAUCUUAGUGUGUCUAAGAACAAACUACUUUUAUGUUUUAUGCCUUGAUUGCUUCCUAAACUUUUAUUUCUUUUAUGCUUUUGCUUUUCUCGGUUGAUUUGUGGGUAUGGAACUUAGAGCUGAAGCUACCAAACUUCUUAUAAUCCCUUGGUGUGAUUAAUACUGUAGACUCUGAUCUACAUAUCUAAGGUACUGAAUAAGUCCAAUACAUAUGUAGUACUUUAUUUUCUAUGUAAAUUUUGUAAGAAUCAUGGUAAAAGAAUCAACAAAUUUAUGGAA